GGAGACUGGCGCUUUAAGAAUGAGACUACAGUGUAGCAGUCCUGUCGUCACAGUUCAACGUGAAAUUGUAUGGUAAACGAUUUUACUAUUUAUUGUACCGAAUCGCAUAAACCAAGGCAUUUGAUGUCGUUUACACGCGAAUAAGACAAGGGCAAAGAAAAUGAUUUGCAUUUUAUUGGUAGCUGGUCACGGCACUGUUCUAGAAACUCAGAUAAAGAAUGAUGCCACUGGUUUGUAUGGACAGCUGACUGGGGUGCCAAAGGCAUUGUUGCCUGGGAUAGGAGGAAAGAAAAUCCUGGACUUCUGGUGGGAGACGGUGAACACGCGGCAGUUGUUCAGUGAGGUCUAUCUGGUCACAAACGCAGACAAGUAUAAGCACUAUGAGCGCUGGGCAACGGCCAAUGACUUCCCUGUGGAGAAUGUAGUGAAUGACGGCAGCACAACCCUUGAGGGCCGGCUAGGAGCAGUGGCUGACCUGGAGCUCGCCAUCCGCAGCCGCAAGCUGCAAGACGAUAUCAUGGUGCGUGUUUGUGGACAGAUUGCAGGGGAUAUGCUCUGUGCAGACCAGAACUUUGAUAUUGCUCAGGUUCUCCGCUUCUUCAGGUCCAAGCCUGGAGAGUUGGCCAUAUACUAUGAGCUAGAGGAGGGAGAGAAGAGCAGCUCCAGGGGUAUAGUGGAGGUAUGCCCUGAGACCCACAGGAUAUCUCGCUUCCUCGAGAAACCACAGGAAGGAGUGACAGCAUUGCGUCUGGCCAGUGUGGUGUUCUACUGCCUUCGCAAAGCCACACUGCCUUACCUCUCGGAUUUCCUCACCCUGCAGCCCCAAGCUCAAGACAGGACCUUCGGCAGGUUCUGGGAGUGGAUCAUCAAUGAGGAGAAGUUACCUGUGUUUGGCAUGAAACUGCCCACAGGUUUCCAGCUCAUUGGACAAGUGGGGCUGUCAGACUACACCAAGUGGCUUGCCCACUAUUCUGCCCAGCAACAGCAAUGCCCUGCCAAACCCAUAACAUGCCGCUCAUACGCAAGAGUUGGACUGAUGGGGAAUCCUUCUGACGGCUUCAAUGGAAAAACGAUCGCCAUGACUAUCUCCAACUUCUGGGCUGAGGUCACACUCAUGGAGAGCCAGGCCCUGGUUCUUCUGCCUCAUCCGCUCAAUGAUCCGACUGAAUUUGGAAGCUUGCAGGAUCUGUACUGUAUCAGCCGUAAGGAGGGGUACUUGGGAGGUCUACGGUUACUCCAGGCUACCUGUAAGAAGUUUUACCAAUUCUGCUCAAAACAAGGUAUUGCUUUGACAAAGCAGAACUUCACUCUCAAGUAUGAUACCAACAUUCCUCGCCAGGUGGGCCUGGCUGGAAGUAGUGCAAUAGUGUCUGCCACUCUGAAGUGUCUGAUGAAAUUCUACAACAUCACAGAAAGUGACCUUCCCAAACCCACCAGGGCCAACUUCAUCCUCAACGUCGAGACGGAUGAACUCUUCAUCACUGCUGGUCUUCAGGACAGAGUUGUGCAGGUCUAUGAGGGCUUGGUCUACAUGGACUUUAGCAAACAACUGAUGGAUGAACAGGGCUAUGGAGAUUACAUUCCUAUGGACAUGAGCAGCUUGCCACCGUUCUGGUUAGCUUAUCUGAGUGAUCCCAGUGACUCUGGUCGGAUUCACAGCAAUGUCAGACAGCGCUGGCUCAACGGAGAAGCUGAAGUGGUUGAUGCCAUGAAGUCUUUUGCUGGGCUCACAGAUCAAGCCAGGGUUGCACUGCAGGGAAUGGACUGGAGCAGACUGGCACAGUUGAUGGAUGAGAACUUUGCACUGCGACGGUCUGUGUACACAGAAGACUGUUUGGGGCCAGGCAAUCUCAAGAUGGUGCAACUGGCAAGACAGUUUGGCUCAGCUGCGAAACUACCUGGCAGUGGUGGUGCUGUAGUGGGCUUGUGUCUGGACCAAGUAAGACUGGUGGAGAUGAGGAGAGCGUUCCAAGAGGCUGGCUGUGUGUUCUGUGUGAUUGUGCCAUAUAACCCAUCUGGUACCAUUGGAACCAACAGCCAAGACUGAUUUUAAAUUAUCUAUAAUGGGCAUCUUAAUAAUCAAUCAAGUGUAAAACAUCUGUAGCUAAGAUGACACAACAUAUUUUUCUGUUCAUGUGGGCAAAUUUGUAGCCCAUGAUUUCCUGUAUGAAUGGAUUAUGAUGAGACCGUUGUGCCUUGGUUUGAGUAUGUGACUUGGCUUGAGUAAUUUUAUAAAUUGAACACAUUUGUAUUUUUAUGAACAUUGAAUAAAUAUGGUUUAUUAAUUUAUUAUGCAAA